AAUGGCGCGCAGUCUGUUUAUCCAAAGUUGACUAUCUAGUAUUUUCGGUUGCACUUUUUCUUUUAAAUACAUUUAUGAAGUGAACACAUUCGAACGGUAGCGUUUUGGAUCCUUAAUUCAUACGAAUCUAAAGGUGAUUAUAAACGCCGGCCGUAAGACUGCGUCUUUAUACUUGAGUGACUCAGGCUGGAUGUGUGGACUGCUGUCAUCAUGUCCCAGACCAACUCGUCUCUGCUGGAGGAGGUGGUGCAGUGGAGCCAGGAAACCUGCCGCCAGCAGCUCAAGUCUGUGCUGCCAAAGCUUGUGUCGCUGCAUCAUGAGUCAGACAGUUGGGAUGAUCAUAUACGUGUAUUGAAGACAAUUACAGAUAUGUUCCUGCCGCACAUUGGUUUGUUAGAGCUGGAAGAUGAGUGCUUCUCUAAGAUUUUACCAAAGGCAGUGACAAUGUUUAACAGCAUGAUGAAAGAACUCAUGGAUCAAGUUGGCGGCCUUUCAAGUCAAAAUACUGAAGCGUGUGCCUUGCUAAGGAACAUUCUGCAGGCUAUGAUGCAGAUAAUUGAUGCGUUGUCUGCUUGUGUGCGUCAUGUUGGUUCAUUUGAAGAAGCCCCUGAUGUGCAUAUAAUCCGCUCUCUACCAAUUUGUAUCCUGAAAAUCCUGCUGGAAACAUUUCAACAUUGCAAGGAUAGCGAAGAGGUUUACUGUGGCCGUCUGUCCCUGGUGGCGGACCUGCUACAAGGGCUCUUCAAGGAAGCCUAUUCACUGCAGAAGGGUCUUCUGGAAGUCCUGGAUAGGAUCUCUCUAGAUGGCAAUGCCUCAGAGGAGGAGGUUUCUGACAUUGUUACAGUGAUUCAUAGUCUUCUGGACAUCUGCUCUGUUAUUUCCAACCUGGACAUUGCACUGCAUGCAAACACAUUGAAGUUCCUCAUCAAACAGAGCCUGAAGUACAGGUCAUUGGUGGAGGAGCAUCUACAUCACAGUGACAUCAGUAACAGUCUGUGUGACAACCUCCUGGCUUCUUUCCACAGCUGUUUGGAGCUUUCUGAACAGAUUAAGCGUGAUGGUUUACAGGAGUCAACACAAAGCCCAGAAUACAAACUGUUCCAGAAAACCGCAAAGAUGUGCAGAUUUUUUGCAAACACUUUAGUUCAUUACAUAAAGGAAUUUAAAUUUUUCUUGACAAAGUUUUGUCGGAACUUUCACCAACUCUACCUUCAGAUCACCAGCAAGUUCCCUCCUAGCUUGUGCGCUCCAGAACUGCCCGCGGCUCUUUCUGGGGAGCUGAAUGCAGCAGCUCUGGUUCCCAUGGAUGCUUUUCUGCUCCAGCUGAUGCCUCUAAGGCCUUUUGCUGAAGUUGUGCUCCAGCCGGACCUACAACUGGAUCCUGAUCAUGAACUUCCUCAGUGUCUCUUGUUGGUGAACGUCUUGGGACAGCUGGCCCGUCAACCAGAGGAAGUGCUGCAGCUUUGGCAUUCUGGCUGUCAGUUCUCUGAGGAGACACCUAGGCUUCCCCUCUACCAGGCCAUUUUUAUUCAUUUCCGACGGUGCUACACUGAGCGUAGAGUACCGGUGCGGUUGCCAGGGGUGAUGUUGAAAGGUCAGGCCCAGGUCCAUGUCUCUCUGCACCACCACGUCUGUGUGCAGCUCUGUGCCAGUGUGGCUGUGCUUCCCUCUGAGUACUUUCCUAUGUUGGAACGAUGUUUGGUUGAUACUGUGAUGGAGGUGGAUACUCAAACAGCUCUUCUUGGAAUAGAUGUCUGGUGCUUUACAGCACGAUAUGGGUCAGCAGAACUCUGCCUUCAUCAUGUCCUCCUCGUUGCUAACCUGUUAAAAGUGUGCACCAGUGAGUGUUACCAGUUGCUCCACAUGGGAUUGCUGCUGAAACGCCUGGUUUUCCUAAUGACGCCAAACCACCAGAUGGACCUUGUGGCACAUUUCCCUCCAUCGGAGGUUGAGAACCUUGGAGUGUGGAACCACGUCCUCCUGAAAGCUCUUUCGCAGGAUGCUCGUCAACGUGUGGAGACAAAUAUUACUGACCUCACUCAAAAGGUUGUGACUGAAUGGCAGAAAGGAGGAUACAAACUGGGACAAGUGGACAAAGUGAACAUGGCGCUGUUAUCCCUCCUACUGGUGGUUCGAGGACAUUCAUCUCCAGAAGAGCGGUGUUUGUUGUCUGCAGUGAGGAUGGUGACACAGAUGUGGUCACGAAUGAGUCCCGAUCAAUUGCAGACCCAUCCUGUGCUCCAGUAUACUGUGCAGCUGCUCUUGUCAUUAACAGCCGUUUUAGUGAAAAACAUUGAGCCUCACAUCAUUUGUCAGGCACUGUUGUGUCUGGAUGCUGUGGUUUCUCAAAAGUGUGCAGAUCAACUGCUGCUAGCUGCUCUGGAGUUCCUCUCCUCCUUGGGGAAGAUUUUUGUUCCUCCAGACAGCCAGAGCCAGAUUCUUCCCAGGUUGAGUCAGCUGUUUGGAGUCCUUUUAGCUGACAACUCCUGGCUGCUACAUCAGCACACCCUAGAGGCCUUUUCUCACUUUGCAGAAAAUACAAACCACGAGGAGGUAAUUUCCCAGAGUUUAUGUGUGGAAGAAACAAAGAACAAAGUUGUUAAUUAUCUUAGCAAGACGGUCAGCACACAGGAAGACGUGGAGUCCCGGCUGCAGAGGCUCAAACAGGAGACACAAGUGCUCCACCAACACAACAAGAAACUGGAGGGAAGAGAAACUGAAUCCAACCAAUGUGCUGCUGAGACUGAAGUCAUCACAGACUCUGAGCCUUGCCAUAAGAAAGCUCGGCAGGAGACCACUACGGAGGACGAGUGCAGCCGCUACGUCCAGACAGCUGAGAGUGCUUUGAGAGCCCUUCAGGCUGUCAUGGAGAGUAAAGACAACACUACAGCGCCACCUCCACAGUGGCUGGAACCCAGACUGCAGGAGCUGCAGACCCUCAUAACCCAAAUCAGUUCAGCCAAACCUACAACGUAGCUGUUCAAAUUCGUCUUCUUGUCUCACCGACUCCCCUUCUGUGUAUAGAUGUUAUUUGAAAAAUCUGUUAAGUCUUUUAAGAACUUUUUUGCUGCCAAAAAUUGGUCUUUAUCCGUGUUACUGUUUAAUAAAUACUUUAA